UCUAGUUUCCUAGUAAGUCGGUGGAAAUCAUAAUCCGUAACCUGCAAGGAUUAGCUUUUCCGUUAGUACUUAGGAAAGUAAAGAGUAUUCUAUAAAUACAAAUUCUCUCUCUCUCACUCACUCUCAUUGCUCUGUUUUUUUGUCUACACCAUCAAUGGCUAUCACCGAUCAAGUUGUUGACAUUAAAUACAGGAAAGGAAAAAGCAUAGCGUUGGAAGCCUCAGGAACCCUACAAGUUUCUUACCGCACAAGGUAUCAGAAAGGCCACCGGGACCUCGACGGCGCUCUACACUUGGACGUAGACAUUCGAACCUUUUCCGAGCCUUUGUUUUCUCUCCAAGUUCCUACUCAGCUACUCUCGUUGCCGGCCUACCACCAUGCCUACCUUUUACAAGAGGUCUCCAACACUCUCGCAAUGCACCUCGACGUUGAUCCUCAGAUCAACUACUUCGUGGCUCUCCACAUUGCGUCCCAGGCAACAGACUUGCUGACCAAGGCACACCCUUUUGGCUAUUCCAUUGCAGCCGAGGUAGAACUCAUUGACAUUGAAAAGUUGGGGGCUGAUAAUGAUGAUGAUGAAGAUGGUGAGGAUUUUGGCACUUGCUCUGUGUGUUUAGAGGAUUUUUCUUCAACAGUUGGGUCCACGAUCGUUAGGACGGACUGCGCACAUUUUUAUCACGAGUCUUGCAUUCUUCCUUGGUUGAUGAGGCAGAAUACUUGUCCCACAUGCCGCAGUCAAAUCUGCGAAUAG